CCUUUCCCGUUCCUCCGCCCUGACUGACAGCCCGCCCAGCCAGUCGCCACGGAGAGAGCCAGGGGGAAGGACCCGAUUUCCCCCCCAGCCCGGGAAGCCCCCCUGCCCCCAGCGCCGGGUCUCUGCGGCUCCAUCCCCGCGGCGCAGGAACGAGCUGGCGUGUUCCUCCUAGAACCCCAAAUCAUCUUAUCUGGCCCAGCUGGUGUUAGCAGUGGGAUCAGCUGUACAGCAAGUGACCUCAGCACAGGCCCGGUGGGGACAAGGCCAGUGGCCUGGAGGUUCCCAACAGGCCUACCAGGGAGUCACCAUUGGGGAUCAAGAGUCGGAGUGGAGAGUCAGCUACCGUCUCCCCGCUGAGCUAAGAAAAUGGCCGCCACUCAAGAGGUGCCUCCCCCAGCCCUGGGCCUCCAUUUCCUGUAUCCGCUGGAGGAGACGAUGGCACCACGGGUGAAAAUGGAGGAGCCUGAACCAUUAGGCCCAGAACCAGGCUGGGAGUGGGAGGCGGCCAGCAAGGCGCCGUGGUUGGUGCAGGCUGGGACCAUUGGGGAGCUGCUGAGGUGGGCGGCUCCUCAACAGGCCCGGCCUGAGGAGACACCCCAAUGCUGGUGGGGGCAACGGUCACCCCUGGAAGUUCUCCCCCCCUGGGAGAGCCCCACCCUGCCAGACAACAGCGCCCUCUUUGGGCAAGCAACCGACGCCUGCCCAUGGCCCCGAGGGGAGCGCUUGGCACGACUCACGCCAACCCUCGGCAGCGAGGCCUUCAACAGCCCACGGGCAGGGGAUGCCAAGGAUUAUGGGAAGGUGAAGGCGGCCAUCUUGGGAGCGGAGAGGGCAGCCAUCUUGGGAGAGCAGUUAACGCGACUCACGCCAACCCUCAGCAGCGAGGCCUAUCGCAGCCUAGAGGCUGGAGAUGCCAAGGAUUAUGGGAAGGCUGCCAUUUUGGGAGUGGACAGGGCAGCCAUUUUGGGAGUGGACAAGGCAGCCAUCUUGGGAGAGCCAUUACCGCGACUCACACCAACCCUCAGUAGCGAGGCCUAUCGCAGUCUAGAGGGUGGAGAUGCUAAGGAAUACGGGAAGGCAGCCCUUUUGGGCGUGGAUAGGGCGGCCAUUUUGGGAAUGGACAAAGCAGGCAUCUUGGGAGAGCAGUUGAUGCGAAUCACGCCAACCCUUAGCAGUGAGGCCUAUCGCAGCCUAGAGGCCGCAGAUGCAAAAGAUUAUGGGAAGGCUGCCAUUUUGGGGGUGGAUAGGGCUGCCAUUUUAGGAGUGGACAAGAUGGCCAUGUUGGGAGAGCAGUUGACACGACUCACACCAACCCUCAGCGGUGAGGCCUACCGCAGCCCGGGGACAGGAGAUGCCAAGGAUUAUGGGAAAGCUUCCAUUUUGGGGGCAGAUAGGGCAGCUAUCUUGGGAGUGGACAAGGAGGCCAUCUUGGGAAUGGACAAGGCGGCCAUUUUAGGAGAGCAGUUGACGCAUCUCACGCCAACACUCACUGGUGAAGUCUACCGGAGCCUGGAGGCCAGAGAUGCCAAGGGUUAUGAGAAGGCAGUCAUCAUGGGAGAGCAGUUGACACAAUUCAUGCCAGCCCUCAGCAGCGAGGCCUACCGUAGCCUAGAGGCUGGAGAUGCCAAGGAUUAUGGGAAAGCUGCCAUUCUGGGGGCAGACAAGGCAGCCAUCUUGGGAAUGGACAAGGCAGUCAUCUUGGGAGUGGACAAAGGGGCCAUCUUGGAAGAGCAACAGACACAAUUCAUGCCAACCCUCAGUGGCGAGGCCUACCGCAGCCUGGAGGCCGGAGACACCAAAGAUUAUGGCAAAGCAGCCAUCUUGGGUGUUGGCAAGGCAGCCAUCUUGGGAGUGGGCAAGGCUGCGGCAGAGAGGUGGCGCCAGUGCUUCCGAGGAUUCAGCUACCAGGAGGCUGGAGGGCCACGGGAGGCCUGGACCCGGCUCCGGGAGCUCUCCCGCCGCUGGCUGGAGCCCCAGCGUCGCACCAAGGAGCAGAUCCUGGAGCUGCUGGUCCUGGAGCAGUUCCUGAGCAUCCUGCCGGGGGAGAUGCAGAGCUGGGUCUGGGAACGAGGCCCCGAGACCUGCGCCGAGGCCGUGGCCCUGGCCGAGGGCUUCCAGCGGGCUCGGCCGGAGGCAGGGAUGUGGGAGCAGCAGGUCACUGUGCGGGUGAAGGUUGAAAAACCCAGCAUGGAGGAGACACCAUGUGCAGGAGCAUCAUGGGAAACUCCUGCACCCCCACUACCCCGUCCCCAGGAGGGGGCGAUACUAAGCCGGCCCGGCCCCGAGCUACCCUGCAUCCCCAAGGAGGAGCCCCAACCGCCCCCGGCAGGAGCCGUAAUGGAGGAGGCGAAUCCGCAGCAGGAAUGUCCAAAGGAGAGCAAAGUGCCCAGUAUCUGCCCCCCAAAAUCCGAUGGGGACAGGGGCCCUGGGAGUCAGGCUAGGGCUGACGUCCCCCAGCCGCCGAGGGAACUCGCCCUGCAUGCCCGUGACCCUGAUGCCGUGUCUGGUUCCCACCCAAUCCAGGGGCCUCACCUCUGCCCCCAAUGUGGCCGGAGCUUCCGCCAGAGUUCUGCCCUCCUGGCUCACCAGCGGACCCACACUGGUGAGAAACCUCACCAGUGCCCGCAGUGCGGGAAGAGCUUCUCCCGGGGCUCCCAGCUCACUCGUCAUCUGCGAAUCCACGGGGCAGAGAGAUCCCACCGCUGCCACCAAUGCAGCCGGAGUUUCUACCACAGCUCCGAGCUGGCCAGGCACCGGGCCUCCCACAGCAAGGACCGGCCCUACGGGUGCAGCCAGUGUGGGAAGAAGUUCCGUUGGCGCUCCGACCUGGUGCGCCAUCAAAUCACCCACACUGGCGAGCGCCCCUACGGCUGCCCAGAGUGUGGCAAGAACUUUGGGCAGAGCUCCCACUUGGUGAGGCACCGCAGGACCCACACAAACUAUGUCGCUGUCACAAUCCCACGUACAUCAGUCUCCUGUGCCAGGCAGCCAGGCCCAGUGGCCAGCGCCACCCCCGCCCCGCGGAGCGGCUUCCCCCUCCCCAAGGCCGACGUGAGGUGGAUGGAGCGAGGGGAAGAGCCGUGGGGCCCUGAUCUCCCCUCCCCCGAGGCUGGGGGGACCCCCAGUGAGACCCACACAGCAGCUGCCGGGGCAGCCACACCCCCAACUCCCCGCUGCAAGCCGGCCGGCCGCUCCUACCAGUGCCCGGAGUGCGGGAAAUCCUUCCGGCAGAGCUCGCACCUCCUCCAGCACCAGACCACACACUCGGGCGAGGGGCCGUACCGCUGCCCCGACUGCGGCCAGGCCUUCAGCCAGAGCUCCGACCUGGUGCGGCACCAGCACGUCCACACGGGCGAGCGCCCCUACCGCUGCCCCGACUGCGGCCGGGCCUUCAGCCAGAGCUCCAACCUGCUCCAGCACCGGCGCGCCAGCUCCGGCACCCGCCCCUUCUGCUGCGCCCAGUGCGGCAAGCGCUUCGGCCGCAGCUCCCACCUGCUCAACCACCAGGCCACCCACUCCGGCGAGCGGCCCUUCGGCUGCGCCGACUGCGGCAAGCGCUUCGGCCACAGCUCCAGCUUGCACAAACACCGGCGCGGCCACACUGCCCAGCGGCCCUUCGGCUGCGCCGACUGUGGCGAGCGCUUCCUCCGGAGCUCCGACCUGCUCAAACACCGGCGUAUCCACGCCGGCGAGCGGCCCUUUGGCUGCGGCGACUGCGGCAAACGCUUCCUCCAGAGCUCCGACCUGCUCAAACACCGGCACGUCCACACCGGGGAGAAGCCCUACACCUGCGGGGAGUGCGGGCGCGGCUUCAGCCAGCGCUCCCACGUGGUCAAACACCGCCGCCACCAGACCACGCACACGGGCGAGCGCCCCUACCGCUGCCCCGACUGCGGCCGGGCCUUCAGCCAGAGCUCCGACCUGGUGCGGCACCAGCGCGUCCACACGGGCGAGCGCCCCUACCGCUGCCCCGACUGCGGCCGGGCCUUCAGCCAGAGCUCCAACCUGCUCCAGCACCGGCGCGCCAGCUCCGGCACCCGCCCCUUCUGCUGCGCCCAGUGCGGCAAGCGCUUCGGCCGCAGCUCCCACCUGCUCAAGCACCAGGCCACCCACUCCGGCGAGCGGCCCUUCGGCUGCGCCGACUGCGGCAAGCGCUUCGGCCACAGCUCCAGCCUGCUCCAGCACCAGCGGGUCCACGCCGGCCAGCGGCCCUUCGGCUGCGCCGACUGCGGCAAGAGCUUCCUCCAGAGCUCCGACCUGCUCAAGCACCGGCGCGUCCACACCGGGGAGAAGCCCUACACCUGCGGGGAGUGCGGGCGUGGCUUCAGCCAGCGCUCCCACGUGGUCAAACACCGCCGGGUCCACAGCCGGGGCAAGCCCUGAGGGGGCGAUCGGGGGGGUGAGGUG